UGUUGGGCGGCAUAAGGUCGGCGGCCCGCGGUCCGACAUGCCGUCCGAGCAGUUCCGCCUGGAGACGGUGGAGGCCCUGCGGGGCAGCCGCAAGGGGCAGCUCACCUACUGCCCGGACUGGAGCCCACUCGGCGAGGAAAUUCUGGAAGGAUAUAGAGGUCCUCUUGAGCUGUCACCCUACUCAGGCCAGAUGCUGGAAAAAAUGCUGUCCCGUUCACCAAAGCCACACUCUCCUUUUCCAAGCGCCUCUCUGGAUGAGUCCACGCUUAUACACGGGCUGUCUUCCCUCACAAUCACGGCUCCUCCCGACAGCCACCAGGUCUCCACACCAUUGAAGACGGAAGCACCAAGGGAUACGCAGGUUCACAAGAAGGGGAAAGCUGCAGAGAAUGACCAGAACGCCUCGAUUCCCCCUCCGCUCUCAAAAGGCACCGGAGUUGAUGGCCUGAUAAGAUUGCACGAAGAAAUCCAGAAGCUGAAGAGGAAGGAGCAGCUCAGGCAGCGCCUGGAACUGCAGGAGCAGGUGGUGAAGGCGGCCUCCGCAGAAGCAAGCGAGCUGCUGAAGCGCUUCGAUGAGCUGAAGGAGCUGAAGCAGCACCAGGAGUAUCAGCACUUGCAGCGAGAGAUAGAAGACAGCUCCAAAGAAGCUCAAAGGCAGCAGGAAAAGCUCAAGGAGGAGCAUCGACAGCGAGCGAAGCUGCUGAGCCGGAAGUUGCGUGAGGCAGAGCAGCAGCGGCAAGAGGAGCUGGAGCGCCAUCGUCGGGAGGAAGGCCAGGAGCGGCUGCGCCGCCUCUACUCCAUCCAGGAGGAGGUCCUGCGCAUCAACCAGCAAAUCGGCCUCAGCUACAGACAGAAAGAGCUGCCGGGGAUCGACCUCUCCCUGUACAGCAACCGUGGCAACCAGAUCUGCGGGGAAGUGUCCGGCGUGGCCCGCCUGGCCGGCGAGAGAGCGUUCCCCAGCGAGGCCGAGGUGGCCUCGGCCGAGCAGGCGCUGCUGGAGAUGCAUCAGCUGACUUCGAACAUGGAGCAAGACAUCGCUCGGGCCAUGGAGCAGAAAAAGAGGCAGGAAGAGGCGGCGGCGGCGGUGGCGGCGGCGGCUGCGAUGGGAGCCGCGGCGGCCAGGGAGAAGAAGGAGGACAAGCAGGACGAGCUGGCAAAAGUCCCUGCUCAUGGUGAGCACAUCAGAGGACCAUCCCAAAAGGACGGGCUCCAGGUGAAAGCAGAGGCGACAACCAUGCAGUGGUACCAGCAGCUGCAGAAGGAAUCUGAGCAGUGUGUCGCUUCCUUCAGUGCGUUGGCCAGCAGCAAGGACAGCCAGGAUAAAAAAAUAAAGAUGGACUUACAGAAAGCGGCUACUAUUCCGGUCAGCCAGAUUUCGACGAGAGCGGGUUCCCAGUUGAAAGAGAUUUUCGAAAAGAUCCACAGCCUCCUCUCUGGAAGGGUUGUAUCCUCUGGUGGCCACAAGGUGUCCGUGACUCAGCAUCCUGAAGGGCUGGAGUUCGUGUAUUUCAAACUGGCAGAAAAAUUUGUGAAACAGGGCGAGGAAGAGGUGGCGGCGCAUCACGAGGCGGCCUUCCCCAUCGCUGUCGUGGCCUCCGGCAUCUGGGAGCUGCACCCCAGGGUGGGCGGCCUCCUUUUGGCCCACUUGCACAGGAAGUGCCCCUACGCGGCUCCGUUCUACCCUGCCAUGAAGGAGGGGACUCCCCUGGAGGAUUUUCAGAGGAUGCUUGGCUACCAAGUGAAAGACGGGAAGGUGGAGCCGCAGGACAACUUUCUGAAGCGGAUGUCCGGGAUGAUCCGCCUGUACGCCGCCAUCCUUCAGCUGCAGUGGCCGUACCGGGAUAAGCAAGGGACGCACCCGCACGGAUUGAGCCACGCCUGGCGCUGGCUGGCACAGAUGCUGAACAUGGAGCCUCUGGCAGACGUGACGGCCACCAUUCUCUUUGACUUCCUGGAGGUCUGUGGGAACGCGCUCAUGAAGCAAUACCAGGUCCAGUUUUGGAAGAUCAUCCUCCUCAUCAAGGAAGAGUAUUUCCCAAGAAUCGAAGCAAUUACAAGUGCUGGAGAAAUGGGAGCCCUUAUAAGACUCAAGCAGUUCUUGGAGAAAUGUUUGCAACAGAAAGAAAUUCCUUUACCGAACGGGUAUUUGUCACCAUCUUUUUGGAGGUCGUGACUUCGCUCCUUCUACCUGCCCUUUCCCAGAAGUUCAAAGUCUAGCCUGAUCUCCAAGGACAAGUCUCGAGAGAGAUAUUUGCCUCUUUGGAAGAAAAACUGGAAUGUGCAGAUGUUAAAGGAUGGUCUCUCAACUCUACCCAGCCAUAUUCAGGUUCUCGAUUCUGUAAGAUUCAGAGCCCGUGCAGCUUGUUUCAGAAAUGUGUUUUGUGAAGUGUUUUAAAAUAUCGUCCACAACACGCAUAUUCCUCUCACUCUGCAUGUGACUGUUGCAUUUUAACAGCUGUCUACCUUCCUGGCGAAGAGUUGCAGGAGCAGAUUUGCUUGAAUGUCACAAAGGAUUCCAGAGUCUAAUAAACUCUGCAGAAAUUUAAUAUAUGCAGAAAAGAGCAGCAUGUCUCUUAAGGGAAUACUGAGGUCAUAGUGUAAGAGAUUUUAUCAUAAAACAUUUUAAAUAUCACAGGUGGCAUUUUAACUUGUGACUUUUAAUUAAAACACUGCAGUGCUUUGGAGAAACAGUGGCCGUUGGAUUGUCGGGUUCAAAGAGUAGGCAGUGGAGCUUCAUCAAAGGCAGCACUACUUUACUCGAAAGGAGCAUGCUAAUUGAGUGAUUAUCCUCUUUUACAAAACAAAGCUCUUAAAAAGAGCUUUGUAUUUUAUUGAUGUGAAAAGUUGUUGACGCAUUAGGUACUGUCAGAGUAAUGUGCCUGGUUUGGCUGAGAAAGGUCUCCAGAAACGUCCCAUGAAAGAUAGACAGAAUUGUUGUCCGUGUUGCUGUCAGUUUUAAAUUUAACCAUGCCUCCCACGCAGACCUGACAGAGAAGAGGGCCUUUGUCACUAUGGAAUGGGGGGAGGGGGUGUGUGCGAACAGCAAUUUCGUUAGUUCAACUGAAAUGUUGUACUCCUUUUCUGAAUUGAGUCUAUUAAGGUAAUUAUUCUGAGAAUAUGUCACUGGAGAGCAGAUUCAAAGAUCAUUAAAACUUAAGAGAUUUAUUUUCAA